AUGUCUUCCUCCGAUAUCACCAUGAAAGGCCAAUGGGCCCAAAGAUUACUCCGCCAGAAACUCCAACAAACUCUCAAUAAACUCCCUCCUGCUGUGGCUAUUCCUGGUGGUGGAGGCGGGCAUAAUCGCUUUCUCUUGCCAGGUGCCCCUCAAAGAUCUAUCACCUGGGACAGCCUACCCCAGGACUCAUACUAUGAGGAGGCCGAGGAAGAAGGUGGUGGUAUGGCUUCGUUCAAAGCUCCCAAGGCUGAACCGGAGUACCCUCCCCGCAAGGUGUGUAUCGUGGGCGCUGGAGUCGCAGGACUCUACAUUGCCAUGAUACUCGAUAGUCUCAAAUUGCCUGGCCUCACCUAUGAGAUCCUCGAGGCCAAUGAACGUAUUGGUGGCCGUAUAUACACGCAUUACUUCAGUAAACGAGACCACGACUACUACGAUAUUGGUGCCAUGAGAUUUCCUAGAAUCCCUAUCAUGGAUCGUACCUUUGACCUGUUUGACAAAACCGAGGUUCCGUUGAUCAAGUACUACUUGAAUGGAGACAAGUGCCCCAAGCUCUUCAACGACAAGUUCUUUGAGGAAGGCGUCACUGAUCCUUAUCAUGUCAGCAAAGCCAACGGUGGCCAUGUCCCUGAUGAGUGGAUCAAAAAGGACAUUGCAGGCGAUGCCUUCAAACCGUACAAGGAUGCCCUCAAGAAGGAUUUCAACACAGGCUGGGACAAGCUGAUGGAAGCUGAUGCUUUCAGCACCCGAGAGUAUCUGAAGGCCGGAGGACCAGAGGGUAAAGAGACAAAAUACGAUUACUUCACCAUCCAGUGGGCUGAGACGCAGAACACCUCGACCAACCUGUUUGAUCAGGCUUUCUCUGAGAGCGUGAUGGACUCUUUCGAUUUUGACUAUCCCGCCACCAAGUGGGAGAUUGAUCCGGUCACAGGCGAGAAGAAAGAAGUCAAGGUGGAGGUCGAAUGGUCUUGUAUCCUGGGAGGAUCCGACCUCCUGAUCGAUGGAAUGAAGAAGCUCAUUACUCAGGAGGUGCAGACCAAGAAGCGCGUUGAGGCCAUCUGCAUAGAUCGCGAAUCAAAGAGUGACAACAACAUGUCAGUUAAGUGUGCUGACGAAGAGAGCCCUCGCGAGGGGUACGAUACUGUCUUCAACACUACAGCGCUUGGUUGUCUGGGCCGCAUGGAUCUUCGCUCGCUUGACUUGGAUCCGUCUGUCAAAGAUGCCAUUCGAUCUCUUCACUAUGACGACUCUGUCAAGGUCGCAUUGAAGUUCAGUCAUCCUUGGUGGAACACUACCUGCGGCAUCGACAAGGGUGGAGUGUCCAGCACUGAUCUUCCGCUACGAACCUGCGUGUAUCCAUCAUACAACAUUGACGAUGGCCCUACCAACGAGGCUGUGCUGCUUGCUUCAUACACUUGGGCACAAGAUGCAACUCGUAUGGGGUCGUUGAUUGGUACAGAGGAAGGCGAGAAGGAAUUGAUUGAUGUUCUUUUGAAGAACCUGGCACGGAUGCAUCAGAAUGGGUCAACAUAUGAGAAGAUCUACAAGACGAUCAAGGAAGCGUAUACUGGAAAGUACCACGUGUACUCCUGGUCUCACGAUCCCUACACAUCGGGUGCGUUCGCUCUUUUCGGAGGCGGGCAGUUCAGCGAGCUAUAUCCCCUCUUGUCUCUCCCUGCCGCGGAUGGUAAGUUCCACAUGGUUGGCGAGGCUUCAAGCGUCCAUCAUGCGUGGGUGGUUGGUGCUCUCGAUAGCGCCGUUGCAGCAGUACACAAGUUUCUGCGUAAGUAUUACCCUGUGGAGGUUGUCAAGAGACUGAGGUCGGAGUGGAAUGACCCUGAGGAGAUUGACGCUGGUGUGAACGGGACUAUUCAUUUGCAACUUGCUUUUGAUGAGCUGCAGCGAGAAUUGAGGGAGAUGGGGCUGUAA